AUGGCUGAUGAUUUGAGUACAACAGCUCAUAUUAUACACUACAUCUUGCAGGAAAUCUGGCCAUCAAGAGCUGCUGAGAAUGUGUUCAUUUUUCCAUAUGAGGAGUUGGCAGACACUGUGGCUUCUUCGCAGCUCCACAUUUUUCCCAGAAAGGUAUCUCUGAUAGCUUCAAAGUCAGACACGGUGCUGCUUGCCAUGACCAGUUCCACUAUGAGCGCCAUGCUGUUCUCCGGCUUGAUGUUUCUAGUUCAAGUUCAAGGUGAUGAUGUGGUAAGGGAGCGUGCUUCUACACGGACCAGCUGUCCUAAAGGCUAUUUUUCCUAUUUUUCAUACUGCUAUGCCUUGUAUAACACACCAACUACCUGGAUGGAUGCAGAACUAACUUGCCAGAAGCGGCCCUCAGGACAUCUUGUAUCUAUGCUUUCUGGGUCUGAGGCUUCCUUUGUGACCUCAAUGAUCAACAGUAAUUUCAAUAACUACAAAUACAUCUGGAUUGGGCUUCACGACCCCACAGAGGGCUAUCAACCUAAUGGAGGUGGAUGGGAUUGGAGUAGUACUGAUGUACUGAACUACCAUUCAUGGGAGGAAAUGCCUACCCUCAAUUCAAAUGCUUACUGUGGAACUGUAUCACAAAACUCAGGCUUUCGUAAAUGGGCAAUUGCCAACUGUAAUAUGAAGUUUCCGUAUAUCUGUAAGUUCAAGAUCUAA